GUGAUUUCGCUCCGAAGAGUAUAGCCGUUUGAAGCCGUGUCCACCGCAGCCAUUCUUCGAUUCCUCGCUGCGUAAGAUCAUGGUCAAGUUUGGAAAGCGCCUCGCCAUGAGUGUGAACCCCCUCUGGGAAGGGCAGUACUUGGAGUACCGCCAACUGAAGAAGGAGCUCAAGAAACUCAGCACCCCGACUGGCAGCGACGCGGAAGGGUCAUCGUCGCCAUCGUCUGCGCUCGCGCAGCCCAAGGACGGUCACGCGAGAUUCCAGAAGAAGCUCGACUCGGAAAUCGAAAAGAUCGUACUGUUCUUCCUAACCAAGCAGGGCGAAUUUGCGUCGCGGCUGUCUGCGUUCCGCGCGCAACAGCUGGUCGCCACCACGUCGUCGCCAUCGACCGAGUCGGAGAUCGAGACGAUCAAUGCGCUGGCUAACGGAUACCGCGACAUUGGCGAGGAGCUGGUGAAGCUGCUCUACUACGUCGAGCUGAACGCGACGGGUCUGCGGAAGAUCCUGAAGAAGCAUGACAAGAACCACAAGGGCAAGAAGAUCACGGCGAACUACAUCAACUCCCGCGUCGAGUCCAACGUGAGUCAUCUGCAGCAGCUGUACCACGAUGAAGGCAUUUCCGCCAUCAUCGCUUCGAUCCGCGCCGCGUUGGACGAGCUGCGCACGUUGCAGAUGCAAGUGUCGGGAACCAACCACGAAGCCGCCGCCGCGACCCUCACGCGCAGCAUCAGCGAGGACGAGCCGAUUCUGAACCGCAUCUCCGUCGCCCGCCAACGCCUGCAUCAGUCCACGCGGUACGCCAAGACGAUCGCGGCGCAGGCGCUCAUCUUCGACUCGGACCUGUCGGACGACGAGGAAGAGAUGCUACUCAAGACCAUCAAGAUGCAGAAACCCAGCCCCAUUUCCCGCUUCCUCAACAUGUUCUCCACGUUCCUGUACAUGACCAACUACUACAUCGUCGCGCCGACGUCGGGCGAGUACGCGACGCUUCUCGGCGGGACAGCGGCGCUGUCGGGCGUGAUUGUGGGCAUGACUCCCGUGGCAUCGAUGCUGUCGGCGGUGCUGUACUCGUGGUGGGCCAACCGGUCGUUCCGGAACCCGCUGCUCUUCUCCACCGUGUGCCUCGUGCUCGGCAACCUCCUCUACGCCCUCGCGUUAUCUUACAACUCGAUCUCGAUGGUGCUGGUGGGCCGCCUCCUCAACGGCUUUGGCGGCGCGCGCUCCAUCAACCGACGGUACAUUGCAGACAACUACUCGCGGGAGGAGCGCACGGGCGCGUCCGCCUUGUUCGUCACGUACUCGGCCCUGGGCAUGUCGGCGGGUCCGGCUAUGGCGGCCGUGUUAAACUACAUCCCCGACGACCUCCGUGUGUUUGGCUACCUCGUCACAAUCGAAACGUCCCCUGGGUGGCUCAUGUUUGUUGUGUGGUCGGUCUACUGCGUCGCGAUCGUCGCCUUCUUCCAAGAACCCAACCGCGAUGCCCGGGAGCAAGUCCACAUGGCUAGGACCAAGUCUGUGGUAUUAGAAACCGGCACAUCCGCGACGGAAUCGACUCCAUUGACAACUCCGAGCCCGCCCAAGUUGAGUUCACUAUGGACGAAUGUACCAGUGGUGGCUACGCUAGUGAUUUACGUGGUGCUCAAGCUGGUGCUGGAGAUUCUCAUCACUUCAGCCACGGGUAUCGUAGACUGGUACUUCCACUGGUCAUCCACUUCGGCUGGCAUCUUCCUCGCCUUCCUCGGCCUUCUCAUGUUCCCCGCCAAUGUCCUCGUGGGGUACUUGAGCUACCGGUACGUCGACGGGGAGCUCAUUUUGUACUCGGAGGUGGUGCUUGUGGUGGGAAUCGUGGGUAUUAUCUGCUACUCGGCGUCGUACUCGGCUAUCCAGUAUGUGUUUGGCGCAGUGCUCAUCUACGUGUCGACGAAUGUACUGGAAGGCGUGAAUAUGAGCUUACUGAGCAAAACCAUCCCCAAAGCGUUUGCCAGGGGGACUUUUAACUCUGGAUUGCUGGCCACUGAAGCUGGUACACUGGGCCGAACCCUCGGCAACGGCGCCGUGACGCUGGCGGGGAUCCACGGCGUUGAGUUCCUGCUAAAUGACACGUUUAUUCCCAUGGCGGCGAUCACGCUCGCCACCAUCGCCUACACCAUCCGAGUGUACCCGCACUUGAUCCACAGCAGCUACGAAGGCUAAUUAAGGGGUUUAAUGGAUACACCCAGCUUGAAACCGAUUUUGUGGUUGAAAUUGGCACUGUGGUAUCGAAGACGCAAGACGGAAGUGAGUCGCAGCUUUUGAAAUUGAAUGCAACUACUCACCAGUGAAA